ACUGAAAGGUAAAAAUCUGAUAAGGGUUUUUCUUUUUUUCCUUUUUUCUUUUCUCUCUCUCUAUUCUAUUUAUUUUGUUAUGUACUUGUCUGGUGGUCAAAGUUUACAGAGUGUAGAAAUACCAAACAGCAUCCAAAUAAACAUAGGUUCUUCAUCGUCUUUUAGUCCAACCGAAAAAGAUCAGAUAAUUCUUCGUAGAAUGAACCUUUCUUCAGACGACUUGGAACAUGAAUUGCAAAAGACAAAGUUCCCUUCAGAGUCAACUGAAUUUGAUGCUUCCCGUAAUUAUUUGGCGACUAUAUCAACUUCUUUAAAUCGCUUCAAUAACCUGACUAGCUUAAAUCUAUCGAGCAACCAUAUAUCCACUAUUGACUCAGAGCUAUAUCUUCCACAGCUUACAACUCUCUUGCUUUCUGAUAACCAGAUCGAAUUUAUUCCUGACUAUAUGCCCUCUUGCUUUCCCAGUUUGGUCGUACUUCAUCUCGACGGCAAUAGGAUUUCAUUACUCCCUCGGACAAUUGGGCAGUGGCACUUGAUGCAAGAACUAAAGCUAGGCUCAGAACUAUUUGGUGGUAAUGCGAUUGAAUAUCUACCAGAAUCCAUAACACAGAUGAAGAAAAUAAUUGAGUUAAACUGUUCUUAUAAUCAGAUCACUAGCCUGCCUUCGUUACAGGGCAUAAACCAGCUUCAGCAUCUUAACUUAUCUUUUAACCGACUAGAGAGGGCACCUGAUAUAGACUCUUUAGGAUUGAAGAGCAUCAAUCUAUCAAAUAAUCGCAUUGUAUCACUACAUCAAGAGUUUGUGCGCUUUAUAUUGUCAUCUCCAAACAUGGAAGUAAUAAAUUUAAGCCAUAAUCGAAUAUGUGUCCUGCCAUCCGACCUACUGGAGCAAUCUAAAGUUCAAGUGAUCAUCAAGGCAAAUCCACUCAUACAGCCUUCUAACCCACAAGAAGUUAGCGGCAGUAACACUCAUAGAAACGGGUGGUUUAGAUCUGUGAGACAGUUGCUACAAAGAGCGUUGCCUGUUUCUGACCAUCCACAAGCAGCAGUCCGAGAAGAAGAAGAAGAAAGAUCAAUAAAUAACAUGGAUGAUUAUACCAGCACGUUACUGCCGCAUAGCAGGCUUCCAACAAACAAUAAUAACAGCCACCUGGUGUUAACAGGCACAGUUAUUGAUGAUAGCAACCAAGAGCUUGAAGAAGGAGGAGAAGAAGAAGAAGCAGGUUCGACAACAUCUGAGCAGGAUGAGAUACCACCUUACUUGAUUCACUCGCUUCGAGAAAUUGCAUUACGAGAUACCAUCAAGACCAAUUUUUCGGCUACUUCGCUUCUUCCACCGCAUAUCGCAUUUGCAAUUGAAAACAAGACAAGGAUAUGUCCUAUAUGUGAGCGGCCGUAUAUUUACGAAUGGGUCAGUUCUAUCCAAUCCAGACAAUACCACGGCUAUAACUCAACACUUCGAAGUAUCAAGUUUUGUAGUACGCGGUGCUGGAAGACGUACAGAGAAAAGAUAAGGAUAAGGGCAGAACAGCUACAAAAUGCGGAAUCACAACGACAACGAGCGCUCGAGUUUCUCCGUCGUGAUCCAGAACCAUUACAACCUGAAUCGUUCAGCUGGGUCGUAGCUGCUGUCACAGCUGCAAGAGAACAAGAUGAACAGAUAGAAGCGAUGACGAAUGCUAUAUAAGCAAAAGAUGAAGCAAUAAAUGUCUGGCUGUUUUGUCUCUCCUCUUUUUUUUUAAAUCAUGAAGGCGCAAAGUAACCUUACAUGUAUAGCAUUUGAUCU